GUUUCUUCGCUCUGACGCUUUCGUUUUGAAAGACCACAGGGUUUGAUCAAAACUUUGCAGAAGAUUGGCUCAAGAUUUACAGUCUCUGUCAGCAUGGCGAUCCGGUACUCCUUGCUCCUUUGGGUCAUGUGUCUCCUGGCUGUUCACCAAGCAGUUGCUGAGGAAAAAAAAGAGGCUGUUCUCAGGGACCCUGGUUGGAAAUCGUAUGGAUCUCGCGUGUUCAAAUUCUUUGGCCUCAAAACUACAUGGGAUGAGGCUGAGAAAACCUGUGUGCGGAACAAUGCACAUCUGGCUUCAGUGCAUGAUGAGGGUGAAGACAAUUUCAUUAAGCGUCUGAUUCAUGCUCAGUCUAACCAGAAUCAAGCCACGUGGCUCGGAGGCUACAGUAGUAAGACUGCUUAUGACCGCUGGUACUGGACUGACGGCUCUCAUUUUGACUUUGCUGACUGGUACCCAGGUGAGCCGAAUGGCUCCGGAAAAUGUCUGCAGACCAACUACUAUGGAGCCUGGGAUGAUCUUGUUUGCUACAAUAAACGUCCUUUCGUCUGUGCUCGAAAGGCCAAAAUGGUGGUUUCAAAGGCCUGAUCUAACCUGAACUGCUCCUUCAAGUACCCUUUUGUGUGUGACAAAAAGCCAAUAGAAUGAUCACUCCUUUAGUUUUGAGUUCCCCAGAUAUUAAAGAUAAAAGAAUAUUAUUAGAAUAAUGUGUUCUCAGUUAGUUUGAUCUAAAAACUAAGACCCAAUUUCUUUACAGCAUUGAAAUGUGGCUGUGUGUGUGGAAGGGGGUGUGAGUGAUAUCAAAUAAAAUUCAGCAUCGCAUAA